AUGUAAUAACAAUCAAUUAUUUUAUAAUCAUUAGAAAAAUCAAACAACAAAAGUAAAAAACCAAACGAUAUUAAAGGAUUGAGAAAUUCUCCAAAAAUGUCAAAGAAAAACAGUUUCGGAGAAGAACAUAAAUAAAAUUUAGAAGAUCGGCUUCGUAUGCAUAAUUAUUUAAAGGAAGCAUAAAAUGAACUAGCCAAUAUUGUUGAUUUUAAUAAAGAAUAUAUGAUGUAAUCUUCUUAUAAUGAAAUGAAAACAAAUCAAUAAAAUUUUAAUAAUAAAAACUAACAAACUAUAUUCAAGCCUUUAUCGUUUCCAGUUAAAGGAGGAUCAGUAAUUAGAUGCAAGAAAAUUUUACUUAAUACAACACCAGAAGAAAUGAAUUCUAAUUAUGGAAUUUUAACAUUAAAUUAGAAGAUCAAAGCUAAUUAAAUUUAUUAUGAAAGUUAGAAAAAUAUAAAUCCACAUAAUUUUUAACUUUCAGACGAAUUCCAUCAGAUAGAAGGAAAAAUUGCAAAGCAAAAUAGAAUUGAAGUUAUAAAAGAAUUCAGUAAGAUAUACUAAAAAGUUUAAGUCAAAGCUCCUAAGAAAUAGAUGGAUGAAUCAUAAUAUUUUUCAAAAUAUAGAUAGGCUAUUCAAAAAAUACAAGUUUUUAAUUAAAGGAAAAAUGGUAAAAAUAAAUUACCUGUAUUGUAAACUGAAAGAUCAGAAUCUGUCAAAUCAAUAUUAUCAGACUUAAAUUACAGUCGAUGGUCACUGGAUUAAGAAGUUAGUUAUAUUAAUAUUCCUGAUCAAUAAUUUAAAAUAUAGUUAAGAAUAGGAGGAGGAUUCACUAGAUCUUCAAAAGAUAAGUACUUUGGAUAUUUUUGCAAAUGA